AUGACAGAUCCAUUUAAUCCUCAAUCUUUCCCAUUACAUGAUUUCGCAAGAGAUGGAAAGAACUUAUUAGUCAAGGAACUUUCUCAAACAGAACCUUCUUCUAUUCUUUCCAAAGACGGUGAUGGUCGUACCCCUCUUUUUUGGGCGUCGUCGUCUAGUAAUGCUGAAGGAUUGAGUAUUCUACUCAAAAAAAUCAAAGAAACUCCAGAGCUAUUAAAAAAGUUUGAUAUUGAUGAUACUGAUUCUGGUGGCUGGACUCUUUUGCACAUAGCUAGCUCUACAGGAAGCGUUGCUAUCAUUGACCUUUUGGAGCCAUUUGAACCCGAUGUCGACAUUCAAACAGCUGCUGGACAAACAGCUUUGCAUUUUGCUGUUUCCAAAGGCAACAUUGAUGUUGUUCGGAAAUUAAUUACUAGCCCAUUUAAUGCAUCGGUGCGCAUCAAGGAUAAGCGUGGGCAAGUUCCACUUCACAGAGCUGCAGCCAUUGGCUCCCUGCCAAUUACAAAAGCACUUGUUGAAGAAGGGAAAUCACCAAUAAAUACUAGCGACUUCACAGGCUGGACCCCCUUAUACCAUGCUCUUGCCGAGGGUCAUGGUGAUGUGGCUGUAUAUCUUAUUAAUCAUGGUGCCGAUUUGGAGCGGGAGGAUUCUGAAGUUCCGGGAGUACUUACAAAUUAUUAUAUGCUUCAUCCUGAACGACGAGUUUACUCAGCUUCCCAGUUCUCGAUAAUCGAAGAACUAGGUCGCGGAUCCUUUGGUGUAGUUUAUCGUGGAAUCGAUAAUGUGGCAAAGCAAAUUGUAGCUGUGAAGCAGAUUGAUAUGGAAACCAGCGAGGAUGAUAUCGAGGAGAUACAAAAAGAGAUUGCCAUCUUAGCAGGAUGCAACGACCCACAUAUUACAAGAUACUAUGGUUGUUUUGUUAAAGGUCACAAAUUAUGGAUUAUCAUGGAGUACUUAGGUGGUGGCUCGGCCCUAGAUCUUCUCAAGCCAGGUCCAUUUACCGAGGCUGAAAUUGCCAUUAUAUGCCGCGAGCUAUUGCUUGGUCUCGAAUAUUUACAUGAAAAUGGGAAGAUUCACCGCGAUGUUAAAGCUGCAAAUGUCUUACUUUCUGACACUGGCGAUGUAAAGAUUGGAGACUUUGGUGUGGCUACUCAGCUUCGCAACAACCUUUCAAAAAGAAAUACAUUUGUGGGGACUCCAUUUUGGAUGGCCCCUGAAGUAAUUCUUCAAGAAGACUAUGAUCAACGUGCCGACGUGUGGUCUUUAGGAAUUACAGCUAUUGAAUUUGCUAAAGGUGAACCUCCUUUUGCUGACCAUCAUCCUAUGAAGGUUCUUUUUGUCAUUCCCAAAGCUGAUGCGCCUCGUUUACACGGCUCCGAGUUCUCUAAAUCAUUUAAAGACUUUGUAGCUGAGUGCUUGCAGAAGGAACCUAAGGACCGCGCAACUGUGAAAAAGCUUCUCAAGCAUCGUUUUAUUCGCAGCGCAGGAAAAAACUCUAGCCUGAUACCUAUGAUUAUGGAUCGUAAGCAGAAACUGAGGUUACGUCUUAAAGCACGACCAAAAUAUACCCCUACGGUAGAAGGUAUCAAUUAUGACGAAGGAGACGGAGGAGGAGAAGCAGAAAAUAGUAGUUCAAACUAUAAUGGCAUUUACAACAAUGAUGACGAUCUCGAAUGGGACUUUGAAACGGUCAAGAGGUCUGGAGGCAAUACUAUUUCACAAUAUGCAACACCCUCUUCAUCGGCACCAUCAACACCAAUCUCAAAUAAAAUAACCGGCGAUAACUUGGCAUAUUUCAUGAACUCCCCUACAAGUUCCCCGUCAAGUCAAAACUCUACACUGAAACAAGCCAAACAACAACAACAUACAAAGAAUUCACCCCUUGCAUACACUGCUAGAAAUAGCAGUGAUGGAUAUAACCAUCAUACCCAUUCGUCAUCUGCAACAAACGACACGUUUCGCACAGCUGGCGAAGGCAGUAGUUCCAGUUUUCCAAUAGAAUCGACAUACGACAUGCUCUCACGAAAACAAGCUCCCCAUUUAGGAAUGGGCCACAAGCGUAGUCGGUCCGAGUUUCGUGCUGAACGAGGGCGGGUGGUACAACAGGGAAUUGAAGAUGUGUUAAAACGAGUUCCGGAUGAUUCUGAGCUGAGUCAUUCGUUACGACGAGUGCUAAAUGCAUUUUUGUUGGAAGAAAAGACUGUAACAGCACAAAUUGAGCUCUAUCUAUUAAAAAAAAUGGUCGAAAAUGUACAAAGAGAUGAUAUGUUUCGUACAUUGUUGUUUCCGGAAAAGAACAAAAACAAUCUUCAACAGAGUCCGCAUUCAGCAACUGUGUUGCACAAUGGCAGACCUGUAGGAAAACACACAACCCAAGCAAACUACAUAAAAGCGACGCUAUUGGAUUUAGAAAAAUUGGGUUUGACGCUACCUAAAGGUGCGAUGGAAUCUGAAGAUAAAAACAAGAUCAACACUCAAAGGCCAAGGGAUCAGGUCGAAGAAAUGCUUCUGAAUAGGUGGUUAGAGGGAUUUAACGAACGAUGGAAUAAUGAGAAUUGA